AUGAGAGGUGGAAUAAAAUCGGAGCCCGAGGAGGAUAUCGCGGUGGACCCUAAGCUCCAUGUCACGACCGUUUAUGGCGAUGACUGGCAAUCGGAAACCACUUCGAUCGGAUCCUCCAUCUACCGAGGAUUAGAAGAGAAUGGACGACGGUAUCAAACGUUGAGCCACAAAGAAUAUCUGAUUCCCUCGGAUGAGAAGCAGUUCGAGACAUACGAAGCAGGGCACUUGGUAGCUCUCGUGAUGGACUCAGACCAAGAGAACCCUCUCUUCCGAUCGCCAGUCAGGAACCCCAAGCACAUUCUCGACCUCGGAACAGGUCAGGGUAAUUGGGCCAUUGAUGUCGCCGAUAUGUUCCCAGAAGCCACCGUCCGCGGCGUGGAUCUGUUCCCACCACCAGUAACCUGGAUGCCCCCGAACUGCAUCCUGGAAGUAGACAACAUCGCCGAAGAUUGGACCUGGAACGAACCCCAAGACCUAAUCCACAUGCGCAUCAUGAUCGGAGCCUUCGACGACCAAGAAUGGAACCGCGUCUACCAGCAAUGCUACAACAAUCUCCGCCCAGGAGGCUGGCUCGAACAACUAGAAGCAAGCCCCUACAUCGAAUGCGACGACGACAGUCUCCCCGAAGACAACAUCCUGCGCACCUGGGGUCCCGCCCUCUCAGACUGCGGCAAGCGCGCCGGCCGUCCCCUCGAAACAAUCGACAUGAUGCAAGACGCCUUCCGCAAAGCGGGCUUCGUGGACGUCCACGAAAAAGAGUACAAGUGGCCCAUCGGGCCCUGGGCCCGCGACCAGAAGUACAAGGAGGCUGGCACGGUAAAUUUCCAGCAUUGGAUGUCUGGUAUGGAAGGGUGGGCUAUGUGGUUGCUUUGUAAGUUUGGGGCGCCGGAGCCGUGGACGCAGGAGGAGGUUAUUGUUUAUGUGGCCAAGUUGAGGGCGGAGUUGAAGAAUCCGAAGUUUCAUAUUUAUGAGCGCGCUCGUCGGGUGUGGGCGCGGAAGCCUUUCCCUGAGGAGGUUGCGGCGAGGGAGGCUUCUGUUGUUAUAAAGGCGGAGCCCGAAUAG